AUGGAAUCCUCCUACCAAGACACGAACAGUUCGUACGAGAUUUACACUGGAUUUUGGACGGACUGGAGCCACGGCCCUACUUUUGGAGUAACAGUCACCUUGAAUCGACGAGAUGGCUCCCUGCUCAUCGCUUUACUCGCGCUUUUCGUCUCUGUUGUCGGCACAAGCUUCUGGAGGAUCUCUUGUUUCGUCCUUCACCAACUCUUCUCCACCGAGGUAGCUCAAGAUGCUCUCCAUCAUCAGCGCCAAGCCAUUUUUCGAAACGCUGCCAAUGGCUUUGCAGCAGCUGGUACAUUCUCGUCCAAGAUAUCUUCUGCUCUUGGGGAUGAGGUUCUGGUCCGAAGCUCAAAUUGCGGUAUCCUCGACUCCAACAACUACCUCAAUGGAACUGCGAGGCAAACGUACUUUUACCCGUAUACGACACAGAUGCUCAGUUCGUACGAGAACUACGCCGAAGAUUGCUACGAUAAUGUAUCGGGUUUGGGGUCUUGCAAUGCAUUCAUCAAGGCAGAUAUUCCGACCAUGAUCGACACCAAUGCCAGCUGCCCUUUCGGAGAUGACAUCUGCAUGCAGGAGUACGGCAACAUCGUCUUCGACACCGGGUACUUGGACAGUCAUCUUGACUUCGGCAUCAACGCUCCACCGAACGAACGCGUUCAAUUUCGACGCGUAUCGAGCUGCGCCCCGAUCAAGACUGACGGCUACCGCAAAAGCUAUCGCCUGCCUGACUCGAAUAACAGCUAUUCUCGCUACUACUACGGUGACUCGCAUGUUGACUAUAGUGAUGAUCUUCAUACAUAUGAGUAUCCGGAAAUCAACUGGGAUACACAAACGAGCGGGCAAGACGUGAAUGCUGCUCGCACCGAUUACACUAUCCGCCAAUCCAACGCAUUCGUUCUAAACGGAUCAUACGCAAGCUACACAGACUUUCUUCCGAUCCCGGCCCUUCGAAAGAUGGACGCAGACCUGCAUCUGAUGUAUCUCUCUUCCAACAUGAUCGGAUACAGCGAAGAAGUAGACGACCCGUGGUUCUCAGCGCACGUCGACAAGAUGAAGUGGUAUAACCCCGUCAACAGUCCGGACGCACCGCCCGACACUCUCUAUACACAAGACGAGCCCGUAUCCGUUCUCGCAUGCUACGUGUCGGAGCAGUACUGCAAUCCGAACUUGCCUGAGGAGACACGGUGCUCGCCAGUGGGCGGUAUAUCCGAAUCCGCCUUCUUGGCCGACGGGCUCUGGCAAAACGCGAAGCACCAGCGGAUGUUUCGGUGGUUUGCCAGCAUCAUCACCGCGUCCGGCGUGACCCUGGAUGUCGUUCCCGGCCUGCUUGGAGACGCUGCGUUGACGGCUCGACACGGGCUGCAGCUUGGGCAUUCCGGUCCGCUGCCGGACAACCAGUGGCAGCUGGAAGUUGAGCACUGGCACAGGACGUCACUGGUCGCCACACAAGCAAUCAUCGCCGAUACUGCCAAGGGGAUCUCCGAUAUGCAUUUGGAACCGUGGCUGGUGCGCCCGAAUAACACGGAAGAGAAGCAUCUUUGCAAUAGUCAGAAAAUCCGCAACGCCGAAUACUUCAACUUUUCCGUAUUCGGACUGGCAUUCACACUCGCCUUGGGCAGCUUCAUUAUCAUCCUGUCAUACACACUGGAGCCAAUUCUCGGCUGGGUGCAACGACGACGCAGCUGGGACACUUACGCACGGCUCGAAUGGGUUACAAACGAAACUCUACAGCUCCAACGGCUGGCGCAUGAGGAGCUUGGCUCGGUCAAGUGGGAGGGCUGUGCCGAGAAUGUUCCUGUCACGCGGAAGGGCGAGAAGUUGGCUGUGCUUGAUUUACAUGAUCUCGACCACCCACGGCUAAAGGCGCCGCCGCGGACUUUUGCUGGUGUUUGA